UUUGUUUCAGAAUUAUAUGUAGUUGUGUUAAAAUUUUGAAUGUUGAAGUUGAUUUUGAUGCCCAUACCCGCUAAUUCAAUCAUUUCUUUACUUGGCUGCUAAUUGUUUGAUUCAUACUUUUUGUGAAGAGAGUGUUACCUUGGAUAUCAUGAUGAUAAUGGUGGUGAUGAUGAUUUUUGCUAUUUAUUGUUGUUGUUAAUGUUCUUCGUGUUUUGUGUAAAAUCUUAUUAAUCAACGUUUAUGAGGUGUUGAUCUGGGUUUAAAACUGGAUUUGGGUAUAUUGUGGCUUUUUUGUGUGUGAUUGGAUUUUUCAGAAUGUGGUUGCUUGAUUGGUUUUCUCUGCAGAAAUUUCACGUCAUUUGUUAUUUUUUUCCCCCUUUUCAACAGAGCAAUGCAAGAUUCAAUUUUGAUAAAAAAUAAGAUGGUAUUGUAUUUUCUACUUUGCUGUAGGGUUCUACAUACAUUCGAAGUUUUACUGAUAUAAAAAUUAUUGCUACUCUUGUUUUUCUUCUCUAGGGAUUUGCUCAUUCACGUUUAAAUGUAUGAAUGAGGGUUUGACUUAUACUAUGGUACUGGCUCAGUUUAUUUAUCAUCAAUUAUUAAUUGUUCAUACAUUUUUUUUAUGAGAUGAGAGAUGCUGAUCUAGGUUUGAAACUCGAUUUGGGUAUGUAGCGGCUGUUGGGGGUGAUUAGGUUUUUCAAGUUGUGGUUACUUAAUUGGUUUCUUUGCAGAAUCGUUCAAAUCAAUUUUUAUCUUUUUCAAUGGUAUGCAAGAGUCAAAUUUGAACAAAAGUAAGAUCGCAUUGCAUUUUCUGUGAUUAUACAUGGUUAUGGAUACCCUAAACCUUAAAUUUUCAGAAUCACUAAAUUCAUGUUUAAAGGUAAAUAUGAGGGUUUUACUUAUGCUAUGGUAUUGUCUUAAUUUUGUUUAUGCAAAUCAUUGGUUACGAAAUCAAUUAAUUAGAUGGAUAAAUGAUUGAUUAUUGAUUAAAAUUCUGCAUAAUGUUUUACAAACUCUCUGUUUCUCUAAGCUAAUUUUUUUUUUUAAAAAAAUAUUAACUGUCCAAUAUUAGCAGAUGAAGGCUCUUUGCUUCGAGGAUGACAACAAAGAAGGCACUGAAACGAAAUCUUAUUUGGAUAACAAACGUAAAGACAGAAAAGAAGCUCCUCGAGUUGGAGAUCAGUACCAGGCUGAGAUUCCAUCAUUAAUAACAGAGCCUCGUAUUUGUCAGUCAGUGAAGAUUUUAAGAAAUUCGGAUAAGACAGAAGCUGUUUCAUUGAAGCUAAGAAUUCCUCUUACAAGGCCACAUUGUAAACUUAAAAGCAGUUUUGAGAUUUUAGAAUCUGUCACUACUCCAAGGGGCUCAAGUCUUCUACCCGACUUGCUGAAUGCUCCAUCUUGGACAGACGUUGAGCGCAACAGUUUUCUCCUAGGCCUUUAUGCCUUUGGGAAGAAUCUUAAUACUGUGAAGAGAUUUGUUGGGAGCAAAAGUAUGGGAGAAAUACUCUCUUUCUACUAUGGAAAGUUUCAUAGGUCCGAAGGAUAUUGCCGAUGGUCAAAGUGUCGGAAGUGGAGAUCUAACCGGCGUAUAUAUGGCCAGAAAAUAUUCAUAGGAUGGAGGCAACAAGAGCUGGUAUCACGAUUAUCUUCCCAGGUGUCAAAGGAAUGUCAGAUCACUGUGGUUGAGCUCACAGGGAAAUUUGCUGAGGGUAAAAUGCGAUUUCAAGACUAUCUUUUUGCUUUGAAGGAUGCCGUUGGAAUUGACCAGCUUGUAGCGGCAGUAGGUGUUGGCAAAGGAAAAAAAGAUCUCACUAUUUCCAAGAAAACACAAAUCAAGCACAACAAUUCUGUUAAACAGAAAACACAGAAGGUGGAAAACUGUAUUUCAUCCACAGACAUAGUUAAACUUCUUAAUGGAGGAGAUCUAAAACUUAACAAAGCUCGAUCCAACAAUCUCUUUUGGAAAGAUGUUUGGCCUCGUCUUGUAGCAAAAGGAUGGCACUCUGAACAGUACAAGGAUGGUACUGUUUCUGGUUCGAAGCAAUCUUCAGUUUUUCUUAUUCCUGGUAUCAAGAAAUUUUCAAGGGCAAAACUUCAAAAAGGUAACCACUACUUUGAUUCCAUAAGUGACGUGUUGAAGAAAGUUGCGUCUGAUCCAAGGCUUCUUGAGAUGGAAGCUCAAGCAAAUGAGAAGAGUGUAGCUAAGAAAAAAUUAAAACAGGAAAAGCAAGCCUUAGAUGGGAACUCAAAGAAGCAUCAAGUUUCACGUCCUCGAACUCAUAGCUCAAAGCGUCAAGAUCCAAUGAAAUUCACAAUUGUAGACACCACCAUAGUUUCUGAUUCGGAUAAGCAUAAGGGGAGAAAACCAAGAAUCUCAACUUUUCGAACCUUGAGUAUGUCUACCAUCUCUAGCAACUGCAGUGGAUCCGAACAAAGUGCAUCUCAUUCUCAAGAGAUUGAAGAUCAAGCCGAACAAACUAGCUCUUCAAACCUAGUCAAAGAAUCCUCUGAUAAAAGGGUGAAAAUAGAGUCACCUGAUUAUACAGUCAACAACUACGAAGAACAAGAGCCUUCAAAGGAGAUCAACAAGUACAGAUUUGUCCAAAAUGUGAUAUCAGAUUGCUCAAAAUAUUCGCGUCCUAUAGUGAAAAAACCAAAGUUAGCAAUGGCUAACCGUGGAGAGUAUAGCGAUUGUACCGUAAGUACUUCUGUAGACAAGAAGUUAGAUUCUAACGAGUCCUCGUCACAAUCGUACCAUUGUGGAGAAUCGGAGAGCAUUCCAGACAUGAUCAAUGAAGGCAAUGAUGUUGAAAACCACAGAGUUAGAGAAGUUCCUGGAGAAGAAACCAAAAUCAAAACCAAGAUGUUACUUGACUUGAAUCUUCCUCUCAUUGAACCUGAUUUAGAAGUUGAAAUUGAAGUUCCAUCAUCUAUGAUCAUACAACAAAACAAUGAUAACCAAUGUGAAAAUGUACCUUGCUUUCCAUCUGAGGUAACUCAAAUCAAUGAGAUAGAGGAGUUUUCUUAUGGCCAUGAAGAGCAGAAACCAAUCAUUGUCAACCGGCGCCAGAGUACAAGGAAUCGACCGUUGACUAGAAAAGCAUUGGAAGCGCUGGAGUCCCGGUUUGUCAACUCUAAGAGGAAGAGAAAGAAUUUGGAAUCUUCACAGAAUAACUCAAAGUCUCAAGGUGAUGAUGAUAGCAUUGACAAUCCUAUGCCUUACUUAGGAGUAGAGAAGGAAAAUGUGAUCAAAGAAUAUAGCAGUAGCAUCAAUUUGGGUAAGGAGGAUAUUUAUGAUAUGUGAAAACUGGAAAAUUUGGGAUAGAUUCAUCUUUUGAAGAUACAUGUUUAAAAAUGUUUUUUUUAUGUGAAUUAUAUAGAUGAUUGAUUUUAUUGUUUCAAAUGGAUAAGGGUAUACAAGAUCAUCAAAGUCGUAGGUCACAAUAAAAUUGUAGCAUAGUUAGUUAUUUAAAUUUAAUCAUU